AGUGAUGGGGCAGUGACAGAAUGAUUACUUGGAGGAAGUGGCACAAAUGAACCCCAGUAUGAGCCAGGGUUGAAUUUGGAAAGGUCUGGGCUUGGUUUGCAUUAGGGUGAAGCUUCUCAAAUUGUGGGAGUUCAUAUCUCAGACUUUCCUAGUUCCAAAUUUGACUUCAUCACUAGAAAAAGAAAAACAUGCACUUAUGAAGAACUCUCUCUCUGUGUCUCUCUCCGCCCCCCUCUGCAGAAGAAGCCAAACAUGCAGUUGGUAAGACUGAAAUAAUUUCUCGCAUGCUUCACUCUAAUAAUAUCAUUAUAGAGCAGCAGAUGGGCCAUUUGGUUAUUCAUUUACAGUUCCUCUUGGAACUAUUUUCAUCUCUACUCAGAGAUGUUAUUCAAAUAGGUGGUUGGGGGGACCCUGUUGGCUUAUAGGGAUAGUUAUGGGUGUGGCAGUUCCAAAUGAGCUCCAAAAAGCAAAUAAAUUCAAUGGCCAUGAUGAUCAACCCAAAGACUAUUUCUUCCCAGACUCUGACUAUGUACAAAUACAAGUAUUUAUGAUAUGGGCAAGAAUGGAAUGGAGAGAAAGCAAAACACUUUAAUUUAAAUAUUGGGAUUUAAAUAUUUGCGAUUGAGGCACAUGGACAGAGAGAACACGAAGAAAACUGGCAAAGGUGAGAGUGUCUGUACACACACAUGCACACAAUCUGUAAGUCUUUUUUCAUCAAUUCCUUUACAGAUGAACCCAGAAAGUUCAACAAUGAAAUCAAUAUACAAAACUACUUUACUGAUGAACUGAAGGAAAUUUCAGAAGAGCUCAGAAAACUCAGAUGUGAAUUUGAAGGAUUCAGAAGUGAAGCUGCAUGGAGAAGAACACAUAAACAUGCAGCCAACAUCACUCUAGCUGUGGCCUCAGCCCAUCCCAACCUCUCAAUUGCUGUUGAUAAGAAGAGCUUCACUGUCAAAGCCCCACAUCUCUUGGUAUCUCCUAAUCCUCAACGUUUUGAUGGAAUUCUCUCUGUCUUGGGCAGCCAGGGGUUCUCUUCUGGACAACAUUACUGGGCAGUGGAUGUUAGCAGCAGUACUGAAUGGGACUUGGGAGUAGCUCGAGAAUCAAUAAAAAGGAAAGGAGAAAUUUCUUUGUCUCCAAAAGAGGGAUUCUGGGUCCUCGGAUUGUGUGGGAAGGAUUUUUGGGCAAAGACAGAUCCCUGGACAAGGGUCACAGUGCAGAGAAAACCCACCAAAAUUGGAGUUUUCUUGAAUUUCUUAGAGAACGAGAUAACCUUUUUCAAUGGUACUGACAGGUCUGUGCUCUUUGCAUUUAAAGAUUGCUUAUUCCUAGAAGACAUAUACCCCUUCUUUAAAAACACACACAAAGGAACAACUAUCAGGAUUUGCUCCAUAAAAUAGGAGGAAGUUGGAGUACUUAUGAUUUUUCAUCAUUGAUUAUUUAUCAGGUUUAUUAUAGAAAACUGAAAACCUGUUUUUUAUUAUGGCAAGUGAGUUACUUUUCCCCUUGAAAAGUCAUUGGUGCUGGUUUUUAGGCUACCAUGAGUCAUCAUGGAUCUUACUUCCAACAUUUAUAACAGCAUGCUAUUUAGGUAUGUCUAGACCAGCUUCUUUUCCCUAUGACCCUCCCCCUUGUUUUGUAUUGCUUCCAUAAACUGGCUGGCAGUAGAAAAAUUACUAAAAAUAGUCCCAUUGAAAUUACAUCCUUUUGAUUUCAAUGGGACUACUUUAAGUAAUUUUCCUCAUCAUGUCAGCCAUCAUGUCUACACCUAUUACUGUGCCUGACAUCCAUGUCACUGCACUAGUGCAAAUAUGUUCCACUAGCUAGUUAUGCUAUGUUGGGAGCUUGCAAUAAAGAUUAAUGUUGUGCUGGUACAACAGAGGCUCGUGCACAACCUGUGGCAUGCCUACUGCUGUGAAACCUUUUCUCCAGUUCAUAUAUGUUUCAGGAAAUGAUGCAAAUCUGUCUGCUAUUCUUGUUGUACAUGUACAAUGUUUGUGCAAGCAAAUGAAGAGCUCAAGGAAUCACACAACUUUAAGGAUCUGCUCAUGGAUGGAACCUGCUUCUGUGUAUGCAUCUUUGUUCAUUGCACUACUGCAAAGUAGUAGUCUGGAUUAGUCACUGUUCCCAGAAUUGUUUGUAAUUUGUGUUGUACUACUACUGUGUGUGUUUGUGUUUGUGUGUGUGUGUCUUUAAAGAAAACCAGCAGCUUUUAAAAUGGGAACCAAUCUUACUGCAAUGGGACUAGUAGUAGCAAAGAGUAUUAGGAUCAAAAAUGGUACUUGUUCCAUCUUGGUUAUUUCCUGGCGUCUCUGUUACCACCUGUAUUAGGUUUACAUGGAACCUGUUCUGCAAAUUUCACUAAAGCCGGUUAGGGGUAGAGUUAGGGUUAACAUUAGAAAAUUAUUUAAAAUCUGUACAUCCUUUUAUAUUGGUUAUAUACUCCCAUGUCAGGCUGUAUUAUGAAGUUUAGCCCUAAGAUAUUGUUAUUUAUGUGGUUUUGUGCUAUUGAAAAUGCAGGAGAAGUACAAAUUUUAAAUAAUUUUCUUAUGUUAAUAAAGUCGUGACAGUUGUGAUUGAUAACAUUUGUGUUUUUUCUUUUUGUAACUUGCAACUUUGUAUUGUGUAUCAAUGUGAUUUCUAAUAAACCUUUGAAAAUCAAAUAUAUAAAUAAUCAAUCAAUAAAUUAAAUCUCAUGCAGAGCAUUCUCUGGGGAUAACAAGAAAAAAGUGCAUUGGGGAACAAAAUACAAUGGAAUGUAAUAAAGAUAUGUAUCUGUAUCUGUUAUCCUUGAGGAGUGGCAGUGGGAAACAAAGUCCAUUCUAUGAAUGUCAACAAGAAUAAAAUAACAGUCAUGUCAGUUUGCAUAUUUUCUGUUUUCAAAGAGAACUGCCUUAACUUCCAUUAUACUAUGCCUGCAUUUAUGCAAAGAUUUUUUUUAUAAACAAAAUGUUUUAUUGUUGUACCAUUGUAAAAAUGUAUUUUUAAAUAAAACAUCUUUACAGCACCUA